GUUUUCUGCUUGUGUAUGUCUCUGAAUGUAGAUCUUUCAUUGCUGAGAUUCAUCAGCGCUGAGCUAACAAGAGGUUACUUCCUUGAACACAAUGAAGCAAAGUACACAGAGCGGAGAGAGAGAGUAUACACAUGCAUGCGGAUACCAAAAGAACUGGAAAAGUUGAUGUUUUUUGGAAUCUUUUUGUGCCUGGAUGCUUUUCUGUAUAUAUUCACCCUGCUUCCUUUGAGAGUUUUUCUGGCAAUGUUCCGAUUCAUCACUUUGCCUUGCUAUGGAUUACGCUCUCAUCGGGGCCUAACAGAAAGCGAUAGACGUUUGCUGCAACCUGCUCAGGUGUGUGACAUUCUCAAAGGAGUGAUAUUGGUCAUCUGCUACUUCAUGAUGCACUAUGUUGACUACUCUAUGAUGUAUCAUCUUAUAAGGGGGCAGUCUGUCAUAAAGCUCUACAUCAUCUAUAACAUGCUUGAGGUGGCUGAUCGUUUGUUUUCUUCAUUUGGACAAGAUAUUUUGGAUGCUCUUUAUUGGACUGCUACAGAACCUAAGGAAAGAAAACGAGCCCAUAUAGGUGUGAUUCCUCACUUCUUCAUGGCAGUGCUGUAUGUCUUCCUGCAUGCUAUUCUUAUAAUGGUUCAAGCAACAACCCUUAACGUGGCCUUUAACUCUCACAAUAAAUCACUACUUACCAUCAUGAUGUCCAAUAACUUCGUUGAAAUAAAAGGAAGUGUUUUCAAGAAGUUUGAGAAGAACAAUCUUUUUCAAAUGUCAAAUAGUGAUAUAAAAGAGAGGUUCACCAAUUAUGUGCUGCUACUAAUUGUAUGUCUAAGAAAUAUGGAACAGUUCUCGUGGAAUCCAGAUCAUCUUUGGGUGUUAUUCCCAGAUGUCUGCAUGGUGGUUGCUUCAGAAAUUGCGGUGGAUAUUGUGAAACAUGCCUUUAUUACAAAAUUCAAUGACAUCACAGCAGAUGUCUACAGUGAGUACAGAGCCAGUCUUGCAUUUGACCUUGUUAGCAGUCGACAGAAAAAUGCUUAUACAGAUUAUAGUGACUCUGUUUCUAGAAGAAUGGGUUUUAUUCCUCUUCCACUGGCUGUUUUACUCAUGAGAGUCGUAACAAGCUCAAUAAAAGUACAAGGAGUCUUAGCCUAUGUCUGUGUUGUGCUCUUCUACUGUGGGUUAAUAUCCCUAAAAGUCCUUAACAGCAUUGUAUUGCUGGGGAAAUCAUGUCAGUAUGUAAAGGAAGCAAAAAUGGAGGAGAAAUUAUUCAAUCCUGUCCCGAGUGCCUCUGCAGGGAAGCCAGCUGGCAAACCACAAAGCAUGUUUAAAUCUACCCAUGGGUUUUCCACAGAUGAAAAUGGAUCUACGUCAGUUACCAGUCAGCCUGUGCAUCAGAAGGACAGUCUGCCAUCUUUACUUGUAACAAGCAGUUCUGAUCAAUUCCUGACAACUCCUGAUGGAGAAGAAAAAGAUAUAAGCCAAGACAGUUCAGAAUUAAAACAUAGGUCUUCAAAGAAAGACUUGUUGGAGAUAGACAGGUUUACUAUUUGUGGAAACAGAAUUGACUAAGUUUUUUUUAAUCAAUGUGCUGAGGAUACUGAGCUGUUGGACAGAAGAUGCUACCAGAAUGGACAGUUGCCCAAAAAGGCACAUAAAUAUUUAUUUAAAAACUUAAAUUAUUAAUGGAAAAAAAAAAAAAUACUAAUUUCUUUCUACAGGUAUCCUGGCUUGGCGUUAGGUCAGGUUAACUUGCCUCUUGGAAAAUGUGGUGGAUCAUGAGUCUCUAGCCUGGUGGCAGAGCUGCAGUAUCACUUUUCUGGAAAAUAGACUGGGGAAAAAAGCAUAAUCCUGUUCUGCAUUAUGAAACCAUGCUUCCAGAACAUACUACUUUUUGUGAAGGUUCUUCCAGUGUAAAGAUACUCCUGGAAGUGUAUGACAGCAUGACAGGAAGCUUGCCUUUCCAGUUAUCUUGUUUUAUUAAACAUCUGCAAAGAGAAUUCAGUAUUUGUGCUUAUUUCAACAUUCAGCAUUGGCACAUAAAACAUUAAGUCAGGAUAGCUAUUAUCAACAGAAAAAUCUUUUCAAGGUAUAUCUGAAUUAAUCAGAAUAAAAAUUUGCUGUUAAAUAAAAGAUUUACUGCAUAUUAUUUUAUCUAAGUACCAAGCACCCAGGAAAGAUCUCAGAUACAAAAUAUAAUGAAGGUCCUGCUUAACUGGGCAAAUAUGAAGUAUAAUCAUUUGUUGUGUUCAGCUGUGUGUCCUGCAAGACAAAUUAUUUAUAAAAGUAUUUUUAAAAGCUCAGGAUUUUUUUCUUGCUGUAGGAAAAAAAAAAUAAAGGGGAGUACAUGUAUAUGUUGAGGAAUGACUGUUAUUUGGGAUUGUAUGAAUGGCACUGAUGCAACAGAAAAGUAUAUUACACUGUCUUUUUUUUUUAUUUUGUUUAACUACUAAAGAUGGCAUCUUUAAAGAUGGCCUGAGAAUAUGCUUGUAAAAGCACAUACUGACAAUCAAAUCAGAAUUACCCAUUUAAAGGAUUGGUUUUAGGCAAACUCACAUAGAUUAACUUUAUAAAGUGCAUUUAAGUUUUACAGUGCAUCCUACUUUUUGGUGUAAGGAGCAGUUGUGGGAGAGUUGAUGGAAGACAAUUUGGAAACCUGAAACCAAGAAUGAAAUGCAUUUCCUAUCAAAAUUUAGGCCUCAGAAGAUACCCUGUGGUUAAUGGUAAAUUCUUCACGUUGUUAUUAAAACACAGCAUUAACUUCAAAUGCCUUCCAGGUAUUUAAGUAAGCACCAGUUUGCUUUCCAAGGAAAAGUAUCAUACAAAUACUUCAGUGCUGAACAAAUUAUGACAACAUUUACCUUUCACUGUUUCACAGUUUGUCGUGGAAAAGCUGGAGUUUAUUUGAUUGAUGAAUAUAAAAUGUGAGUAUAAUGUAUGUGCUAUUCCCUGUAACUUGCAGGACUACUGUUGUUUAGCAAAAUGGAGAUAACAGUGCAGAAUUGUGAGGUAUCUGAGCAGACCUGGUAAUGAGGUAGCUUGGCCAUACAGGUUAGUGUGGUCUGCUCUGCUGGAAACUUCUUGCUGUGGUCUGUCAACCUCUCCGCUCCUAUCGAGAGUGGAUGAUGCGGUGGCCAAAGUCUGGUGGCUGUUCAGGGAAGGAAAAAAA